GGGUGCCUCGCCCAGGGCUGGUUGCCUGGCAUCUGGGGGUCUUCUUGGAGCCACAGUUCUUCUGGCCGAGGCUGAGGUUCACCAAUGUCUUCCAGCCCCACCACGAGCACAGCUAAUGACACCACUGCGGGGCCCUCGCAGUUCCCCAUGACCUCAGCCAUGUCCCCUGAAGCAGCCAUUGGGACCCGGGCAUGGCCUGUGCUCGUAGGAGUUGUGUUGGGAGCUGUGGUCCUCUCUCUCCUCAUUGCACUCGCUGCCAAAUGCCACCUGUGCCGCAAAUACCGAGCCAGCUACCAGCACCGCCAGCUGCCCCGGACAGGGAAGGGGCUCCGUUUGCAUCUGGGCGAAGAUGACGACGACGGCUUCAUCGAGGACAAUUACAUUCAACCCGGGAUGGCAGGGAUGGGGGCGGGGUGCAGCCGGGACAACCUCCCUCUCUGAACCCCCGUCUCCCGACCCUCUCAGGUCUGACAGUUGAACAGUAGAUACUCCAGGGAAGUCACAAGCCUCA